UGUAUUAACACUUAUGUUGUGCUUCCAGAUGGUGAUUCAUGGAGAAGUACAGGGCUAUACUUGCCUCCUAACAAAAAAGCAACACUUGUAUUUCCAGCCUCAGCUGCAGGGAAGGGCCUCCAGGUACAAGUUGGCUGUCAGUGUGAUAACCUGAGCGGAGCAUCACAGUUGUGUCGUGCUCCGGUGGUUGUACAUAGAAAGAAUGUUGUUCACGAGAAGGUUGUGAUAUCCUGUGUCUGGGGAGGACUUCUUUACGUUAUUGUAAAUGGGAAGAGUCAACUAGGAAAUGUUCCAGUUACAAUCUAUGGGGCAGAACCAGCUCCAACAUUUAUAAAUGGACAAACUAAGGUUUCUUCGUGGUUGGAUACAUUACGCACCUCAACAUCUCCUUGGGCUGAGCUUAUUACAGAGAAUAUUAUCCUGACUGUCCCUACUGAUGCAGUCCGCUCACUAGAGGAUCCUGAAUCGCUUAUGUCUUUAUGGGAUAACAUCAUGUCAACAGUAGCUGAUCUGGCAUCUGUCCCAAAGAAACUGCCUCGUCCAGAAAGAAUUGUGGCCGAUGUUCAGAUCUCAGCAGGUUUUAUGCAUUCUGGAUACCCAAUAAUGUGCCAUGUGCCAACAGCACCUUCUUUAGUAAGUGUUACAUCAUUGAAGAAAGGCAUGUGGGGGGCUGCACAUGAGCUUGGCCACAACCAGCAGAGAGGUGUUUGGGAAUUCCCUCCUCACACCACAGAAGCCACCUGUAACCUGUGGUCAGUAUAUGUGCAUGAAACCGUACUGGGGAUCCCAAGGGAUAACGCUCAUCCUAGUCUCAAGCCAGGAGACAGAGAAAAAAGAAUCAAGCAGUAUCUGAAGAAUGGAGCCAACCUUGAUGAGUGGAACGUGUGGACAGCGCUUGAGACUUAUCUUCAGGUACUAUACACUAUUAAUGCACAACUUCUUUUCAGAUGUCCUCAUGGGUAUGUGUAGCCUACCCUACCACUA